ACAAAAAACACAAUUCACCAUGGAAAACAAGAACAUAAAUCCGCUCUACAAAGAAGCACUCGCCAUUGCCUAUCUGCUGCUACACUAUUCAGCCAUCGCCGGAGCAGCCACCGCCGCCCCGCCUGGCCAAUGGAAGCUUCUGCUGAACAACACCGGCGUAGUGGCGAUGCACAUGGCCCUAACUCACUACAACACCGUCCUCAUGUUCGACCAGACGAGCUCCGGCCCCUCCAACUACCGCCUGCCCCGCCGCUACAACGGGCGGCGCUGCCAGAGGGCCCUAGUGGACUUGGCGGACCCCUCUUGCUACGCCCAUUCCGUAGAGUAUAGCGUUUCCAACAAUAAGAUCAGGCCUCUGUUCAUCGAGCCCGACCCCUGGGCCUCGUCGGGCUCGUUCCUCAGCAAUGGCACAUUGCUCGAGGCGGGCGGGUUUGGGACGGGCUCCAAGCGGGUUCGUUACUUUAGGCCGUGUAAGAACAGCCUUUGUGAUUGGAGCCAGGGAAGGAAGCAUCUUACCAGUAAGAGAUGGUACGCUUCCAGCCUAAGAUUACCCGACCACAACGACCGGGUGAUCGUCGUGGGCGGGAGUAACGUCUCCUCCUACGAAUUCGUACCAAAGGCAUCGUUGAAUGAGAAAUCCUUUAACCUCCCAUUCUUGAAAAGGACUUAUGAUGCUGAAGGAGGCAACAAUUUGUACCCAAUUCUCCACCUCUCUCCAGAUGGCCAUAUAUUCAUCUUCGCCAAUACGGAUUCUAUUCUUUUCAACUACAAACGCAACAAAGUCGUCAAGACUUUCCCUAGAAUCCCGGGAAAAGGCUCACGAACUUAUCCGAGCUCUGCUUCGUCAGUGCUCCUCCCGCUGGACCACGCCGACCACUUUUUAAAAGCGGAGGUCAUGAUCUGCGGAGGAGCGGCCGCCGGGGCAGUCCCCGCGGCAAGGCGAGGGCGGUUUCUCCCAGGCCUGAGCUCGUGUGGCCGGAUGACGAUCACGGGCAACAACCACAAAUGGAAGAUGGAGCAAAUGCCCGGCGCUAGGUUGAUGCACAACAUGAUCAUCCUCCCAAACGGCAACGUUUUGAUCAUCAACGGCGCCGGGAGCGGCUGCGCCGGCAAGAACUCCGCCGCGCGCCCAGCGCUUCAGCCCUACCUCUACAAGCCGAAGAAGCAGCUCGGCCGCCGCUUCUCUCUCCUAAAACCCUCGAAAAUCGCGAGAAUGUAUCACUCGUCAGCCAUUCUUUUACCCGAUGGAAAGAUUCUGGUCGCCGGCGGCAACCCUAACAACCGGUACGUCUUCAAGAACGUGGCUCACCCCACCGAGCUCCGGCUGCAGGCAUUCACGCCGGGUAACAUGGAGGCGGCGUUCGACGACAGGAGACCGAGCAAUGUGAGCGUGGAGCACGACGGCGGAGUGGCUUACGGAGGAGAGUUUUCGGUGAGGUUCAUGAUGAGGAAGAGGGCGUGGCACUCGGCGCGCGACGUCGUUUUCACGGCCUAUGCGUCUCCGUUCAACACGCAUUCCAUCUCCAUGGAUCAGAGGCUGCUGGUGUUGAGGUGCAAGAAUGUUACGGUGGCGGUGGGCGGGGCGGGGAAGCAGUUGUUGAAUGCGGUGGUGGAAGCUCCGCCUUCAGCCAAGGUAGCGCCUGCGGGGUAUUAUAUGAUGAGUGUUGUUUAUAAUGGAGUUCCAAGCGUAUCGCAGUGGGUUAGAUUUAUGCACAACUGACACACGAAGACCAUCCAACACACACUAAAUAAAUCCUUAUAAUCAAUGUCCUUUUUUUUUUUCUUUUUCUUUUCCCACUUAUAUUAUGUGUUUAUGUAAUGCGGUUAAAGAUUAGUACAAGUCCAACUCUGCUCUUUUAGUUGGACCUUAUUUAAAAUGUAAUGCCUUUUUAUUAUUAAAUUGGAUAUAAAUUGUAAUGCUUUAAUUUUAUAAAAGAAUGUUAUACGGUAUGCCUUAUAUGUGA